ACUAGUUGUUAUGAGCGGCCAAGGCCUCGGACUAAAUUAGGAAAGAAACUCUUCCCCUCCCCAACACUGCCUGGGAUGUCCACCAUGGAGGGCAUGGAUGUGGACUUGGAUCCGGAGUUUAUGCAGAAAUUCAGCUGCAUGGGGACCACCGACAAGGACAUCCUUAUCUCCGAGUUCCAAAGGCUGCUGGGUUUCCAGCUGAACCUGGCCGAUUGCGCCUUCUUCCUGCACAUGAUUAACUGGAAUCUGCAAGCUGCCAUAGGAGCAUACUAUGACUUUGAGAGCCCUAACAUCAAUGCACCAUCAUUGUCAUUUGUGGAGGAUGUAACAAUAGGCGAAGGAGAGUCUGUGCCGCCUGAUACACAAUUCACAAAAACCUGGAGGAUACAAAAGACAGGUGCAGAAUCAUGGCCUCCAGGUGUUUGUCUUAAGUAUGUGGGAGGCGAUCAGUUUGGCCAUGUGAACAUGGUGAUGGUUAGAUCACUUGACCCGCAGGAAAUUGCUGAUGUCAGCGUACAGAUGCAUAGCCCAACAGCACCUGGCAUGUACCAGGGACAGUGGAGAAUGUGCAUAGCCACUGUUCUUUUUGGUCAUGUCAUCUGGGUAAUCUUGAGCGUUGAAGUUGGAGGACUUCUGGGAGUAACACAACAAUUAUCCUCUUUUGAGACGGAAUUUAGUACGCAGCCACAUCGCAAAGUAGAGGGCAACUUCAACCCUAUCGCUUCUCCUCAGAAGAACAAGUAUGAUGGAGAUAACAACAGUCUCAAAGAUCCUGGAGGCAAGUGGGUGUCAUCAUCAGAUCAGAUCCAGCAGGAUCAAAAUGGACUGUCUCACAGCUCUGUAAAUAUAACACCAAACAGUCUCCAAAACAACCUAUCAGUAAUGACUUACAGCCAGGGUAUUCAUGGCCCCUAUCCUUUUGGACAGUCUUAAAACACGAGUAAUUCUCUAAAAAAAUAAAUAAACAAAUAAAACUGAGGGGGGAGGGCAGACAUGAAGACAAAGCCUGCCAAGUGAGGUGGAACUGGACUAUCUAAGGGGGGGCUUGUUAUAGUUGAAACUGAUGCUUGGAAGACCUGCCCCUUCCUUCUCUUUCCACUUCCUGUGGCAAUUAGCAGUGAUAAGAAAUAGAGGAAGAAGAAGAAAAACAACAAAGAAAAAAUUAUAAAAAUGGCAAUUUGUUGGUUUUUUUUUCCUUUCUCUCUUUUUCAUUCCCCAUUUUGAUUCUGGUAACUACAGCAAAUCCAUUGUAUGCAUGUGUGAAUGCUAAAUUAAAAGAGUGUUACGAUUUGUUUAAAAAAGGAAAUUGAAUUCACAAAGCUGUUGUGUGUAUUGUUUGUUUUGGGGUCCUUUUUUAUUAAAUGUUCCUGUCACAGUUGAGAUUGAAUGAGUGAGUGAGACAGAGUGAAUGAUAAACAAAGAAAAGCCAUUUACAAAAUUAUUUUGCCUAAUGAGAGACUGUAGAUUUUGAGUAGAUGUUGCUGUCUUGUUUUGUGUUUUCUAUAUACUUGUUUCUUGGACAGUGUAAAUGUUUUUAGCCACAUCCUUUAUCUCCCUCCCUGUAAUUUUAAAGCCAAAAUUGUUAAAUUACAGAUAU